GGAGAGAGAGGACCGGAGGUCGUCGGAGGAGGAAGGAGACGCGAGGCAAAGUUGGAUGACAAGGGAAAGCACCACCGGCUGGAGAAAGGAAUCCACGGCCGCACUAGGCACCCCGGUGGCAGACUGGCAGUGCGUGCUCCUACUGCAAUUCGGAGCCCUGCAGCAAAAGCUCCUCAAAGCUUUCCCCCGGGCCGGGCCCCGACCAACAACAACACUUGUACCAGCGAGACCCGAGCGAGCAAGAAAGAAACCCCACUCCCAACCCCCUCCCUCCACCCACAUGGCGCUCCAGGCGCAGGCCACCGCGUCGCCGUCGCCGUCCCCCUCGCCGACGCGCGGGAGGACGGGCAGCGGCGAGUGGCCGGACGACGCGGAGAAGCUCCCCAUCGCCGCCACCGCUUCCCCGGCCCGGUCCUCGGACGCCGUCGAGCUCGUCGUCGUCGCCUCCACGCGCCACGCCGCCGCCGCCAAGUACGUGCCGCGGCGGUCCACGUCGCACACCGCCGAUCCGAACCCAGGCCGCGGCGGCGGCGGCGGCUCCGCCGGGUGGUACUCGUGGAACGGCGGACGCACCCGCACCGCGGCACCGCCGCGUCACGCUCGCGCCGAUCCGCCGCCGGCCCCGCCGCGGCGCCAGCAGCCUGUGGAGGCCCCGCCGCCCCCGCCCCCGCCCCCGCCCCCGCCUGCGCCCGCCCCGGCUCUGCCUCCUCCGGUUCCCCCUUCCCCUCCCGCCCCGGCUCAGGCUCCGGUUCCUCCUUCCGCUACCGCCCCGGCUCCUGCUCCGGUUCCGGCUCCAAGGGCCUCGUCGCCUCAUGUGCAGUUCAGGUCGGCCGACCAGGUCGUGCCAAACAUCCUGUCGCGCAAGCGCCGGGCCGCGGCGAUGCAGCGCACCGCGCUGCUGGCCAGGGGCGCCGCCGCGGGGCUCUGCCUCGCCGCGCUCGCCGUGCUCGCCGCCGACACCCGCAAGGGCUGGGCCCGUGACUCUUACAGCAACUACACCCAGUUCCGGUACUCGGAGGCCGUGAACGUGAUCGGCUUCAUCUACUCGGUGUUCCAGUUUGUCGCGCUCGUCGAGCUCAUGAGAAGGAACAAGCAUUUGAUUCCUCAUCCCAAGCGUGAUCUCUUCGACUUCACCAUGGAUCAGGUGCUAACAUACCUUCUGAUAUCGUCAUCGUCAUCAGCAACUGCUCGAGUAAGUGAUUUGAUCGACAACUGGGGGAGUGAUCCCUUCCCCAGCAUGGCGAAUGGCUCCAUCGCCAUAUCUUUCCUGGCAUUUGCAGUUUUCGCCAUCUGCUCCCUUAUCUCCGCAUACAAUCUGUUCCGCCGAGACGUGUAGCUGCUCUUUGUCAACUUGAUGCCCUUCUAUGGCCAAAGUUUUCAGUGCGGACUUCAACAUUGUGUUGUACUUGUACAUGUAUAUAUAUGUGAUGGGAACUCUAAACUUCUAGCAAUAAUAUUAUCAACAUAUUGAAGGGCA